UCUUCCCUCUUUUACUUGCUCUGCACAACACUGGAUCAUUGUUUUCAUCAUCCUCUCUCUCUCUCUAACUCUCUCUCUCUGUGUUUUCCUGUUCUUGUACUGUUCUAAUAAUAAUUAAUCUGUUCUGUGAAUUUGAUAUAAGGUUAAGGAACCUAAGAUUUUAGAGCUCAUCAGCUCUAAGUCUCUUUUUUUUUUUCAUCUAUCCUCUUUGAAUAAACAAACAAAAACCUUUAAACAGUUCCAUCCUCCUUAAUUAAUUCACUUCUUCUCUCAUAUUUUAUGUCAGUAAAUAUUAUUUGAAUUUUUUUUUCUCGCCUUGUUUUCUGUUUCAUUCCGUGGGCUUGCCCUCCUUUUGAUGUUGUUGCGGGCAUGAAUAUGGCUGGUCUUGAUUUGGGUACCGCUGCUUCUCGUUUCGCCGCCGGUCACCACCCCUCCCUCCAACUCCAGAGAGACUCCAAUGACAGCCAGUUCGAUCAUCAGCAGGCUGAUGACGGUGCAUCCGCUGGCCAUGGUGGAGCUGGCUCGGCCGGCCCCGGAGAUAUCGUCGCCAGGCGCCCACGUGGCCGUCCCCCGGGCUCCAAGAACAAGCCGAAGCCGCCCGUGAUUAUCACGAGGGAGAGUGCCAACACCCUCCGUGCCCACAUCCUUGAGGUGGGGAGCGGUUGCGAUGUGUUUGAGAGCGUGGCGACCUACGCCCGCCGCCGUCAGCGUGGGAUCUGCGUCCUCAGUGGGAGCGGCACCGUCACCAACGUGAGCCUCAGACAGCCCGCAGCGGCCGGCUCCGUGGUGACCCUCCAUGGUCGGUUUGAGAUCUUGUCCCUCUCAGGGUCAUUCCUACCUCCCCCAGCCCCACCCGGCGCCACAAGCCUGACCGUCUUCCUCGCAGGCGGGCAGGGCCAGGUGGUGGGCGGCAACGUGGUUGGAGAGCUGACUGCUGCAGGCCCUGUGAUCGUGAUUGCCGCGUCGUUCACGAAUGUGGCUUAUGAGAGGCUGCCUCUGGAGGAGGCCGAGGAGCAGCUGCACAUUCAGCCACCGGCAGCCGCUUCUCAGCCCCUGGGCGGUGGAGGAGUCGGUGGCAAUAACCCGUUCCCGGAUCCAUCCUCGGGGCUUCCCUUCUUCAAUUUGCCGCUCAACAAUAUGGGGAACGUGCAGCUACAAGUAGAUGGUUGGAGCGGAAACUCGGGGCCCACGGCCCGUCCACAAUUCUGAUGAUGGGAUAAUAUCAAGCGAAUCGUCGAUCGGCAAUUAAUUCUUGCGAGGGAAAGGUUAGGGAAAAUUUAUUCUUCUUCUUCUUCUUCUUCCAAUGAUGAUGAUGAUGGUGAUGAUGCGAUCAUGUCUGUUUAGGGUCUUCUUGGUUCUUCUUUUUUUGUUAGUCCGUUGAUGUAAUUUGGGCUUAACUUUGACAAGUGUUUGGUCUGGCGCAGUAGUGCUACACUCUCUCUUUCAUCUCAUCAUCUCGUUCUUCUACUCUCCUCUUUGUAUGGAUCGAAGCCCUUUGAAAAUUCUGCUUUGUAGAACAAUCGAUCAGUAUCUUUGUAUAAUAACGUUUGGUUGUCCAUUCGGAAACUGCAAUGUAGGCCUUCUCUAUAAUUAUGUCUUGUCCCUUUUUCCUCUCGAUGUUUAUGUAUUGUAAUUUCUGUAUACCAUAAAUUUGCUAAACACAAAUAUGAAUAAAUAUUCCUAGUCUUGGAGUCUGUCUA